AUGUGUGGAACGGCUUUCCUUGUUUUUUUUACGCUUUCUGCGCAAGCUUUAUACAUAACUCGUUCCGAAAUAUACAAGGAGAAAUCAGCAAAAAUUGCUGUCUUUGGAUUCGACUCAACAGGUACUAUUGACAUCAACGUGACUUCACUGACACCGGUCCCAGUCACACUCUCCUCUAUCACCUUUGCUGUAUGUACUACUAAAGUUGCAAAGAAUCUUUUCUCAAUGUAUGAGGACGAUGCUCUUUGUAUUGCUUUGAAAGACAACUGUGAGUAUUCACACAAUUUCACGUAUGAGAACAGUUUCAAUAUAACAACACCAGAACAGUACGAAGUCUUAUUCUUGUUUUGCGAUAUACCAAAUUACAUUAAAAUGGAGUUUAGCAUGCAUUUGCUUAAUAAACAUGGGAAAUUGGAAUUGUCGUCCGAAGAUAGUUACCGUCCUAUCGUGACGGGUGUUCAACUUUUAUUUAUAGUUUCAAACAUUAUUGCUUUGUUAGUGAGUGGAUUGUUACACUUAAAACACUUCAGCAAAGUUCAGUUGUUUGUCUUCUCGAUUUUCUUUUUUUACUUUUGUUCUUCAUUGAUUGAAAUCUUCUUCUGGGGGUUCUACUUAUCCGGAUCGAAAUUGACUCAAAUAUCGACGUCAAGUAAAUUCUUUUUAGUUAUCACUGAUGCGACGACAAUGGCCAUUUUAAUGUUAAUUGGGAAGGGGUACAAACUGAUCUAUUUGCGAGUUCACUUCUAUGAAAUGAAAUUGUUAUUAUGUGGAUUCUUUUUAUAUUGUAUUUGUGGGAUAUUGGAAUGCUUUUGGAUGAAAUACUUUGGGAUUGGCAAUUUAGUUAUCAUCCUCUUCUUAUUCUUACCAUCUUCUAUACUCUCAAUAUCUUCAUCCAACCAUAUUAUAAAAUGUCAUUCCCUCGCUGCUAAUUCCCCAGACUUACACAAAAUAUUUCAUAUCAAGAAAAUAAUGCUACAAUUCAAUCUCGUUGUAAUUGGACUCUAUGUCAUCAUGAACACAUGCACUAUCAUCAUGACUUAUUCAGUGCCAAUAGAUUAUGUGAUUAUAGAUGAAGUGGUUGAAUGUUUUCUAAGACUGUUGCUGAUGUUACUUCUUUCGUUACUUCUUAAGUCUCGGCCUUUUGUGUUCAAACCACUUGAAAUUGACAAACGGUCGUAUAAAGAGCGAAUUGUGACAUCAAGAAAUCGAGUAAUAGCAGCAAGAAGACUGAUCAAUCAAUUGAGCAACUUCAAUACAUCUUUUAUCGAUUUUAAAGAUAUUCUCCUUGUUGGAACGUUUACUUCGGUUAUUACAGAUGCUGGUAAAGAGGUCCUCCUAUCUUUUUGUUCAAGCGGAACACCACACAACAACCCCACUUUAUGA